AUGGACUACAGAAACAAAAGACUUGACUUGCAGAGAAAAUCUGAAACUUGGGCCAUUCAUAGUUCGGUUUUUAUUGGGUUUCAUCAACAUGGUUUAUUUAAAUUUUAAAAGCAUUCCAUAAAACCAUGAAAUAAAUGUUUUAAAAAUCAAUGUCUCGAUGUUUUACUCUGGUGUUGUAUUAAUCGAUUCAUAUUUUUACGAUAGAAGACUUUUUUUAAACAUAGUUUUUACAUUUUACUUUCAUAAUUAAUUUUAACUUUUUUUUUUUGUUCACGAAUUUAAAUAAAGAAAAUAAUACGUAUAUGAAAAUAAAUAAGACAAAUACUUGGCAAUGAUAGUAUUAUAAGCAUAUUUUAUAAAUCAUUCCAGAAACAUUCUAGGAAGUUUUUGAAUAAGAAUACAAUUUUAAUCCAUAUUAUAAUUUGCUUUUCUAUUUUUUUGAGUAUUAUUUUUAUUUAAUUUUGUAAAUAAUUUAAUUUAUGUAUCAUAGGUGGAAGCCGAAAAUAUGAAAAGUCCAAUUAAAAAUGAAGACUUGAAUGAGAAAAUCGAAAAACUCGACAACCAAAACAAAGAGAUCGAGUAUUUUUUCCAAAUAUCACAUCGUUUAUGAAAUGGUUUUUUUUUUAAAACUUAAACGCAUUUACAGGUCGAACAUUAACACCAUGCUUGAAAGCAUCAAAUUAGUCACAGCGAAUGUAGACCAGGACAGUCAAGAAUUGGACGCCGUAAAUAAAUCGGUCUUGAAUGCAGUCAUAGAGAGUGACCAGCACAUAAAUGCGUUCAAAAAUUUCUCAAAGAUACACUUGGACAAAAUUACCGGUGAUCUGAAAGCGAUUGAAGAACUGUUGAUAGAAUUGCAAAGCAAAGAAUGCGAGAAAUCUAUUGUUAGAAAAACGGUAAGAAUAUGUGCAGUGUGUUUUUCCUCAAAGUUGAGUAAAUGCCAUUUGAAAUAUUGUAUUAUUGGUUGAGUGUAAAUGUAAAUAAUACAAAAUUUAGUAGACCAAAAUAGAAAUAGUUAAGAAGAAUACAGAAUUUACAUUUUUUACCAAAUUAUUUGCUGAAAAUAAUAACUCAAGUUGCAAAAACAUGUCGCACAACUGAAAGCUUGUUUAUAUGAAAAUUAAACUGAAUUAUUUAAAAAGAUUGCAAAAAUAAUAUAUGUAUGUUAUGUAUAUACAAUAUAUAUACAGUAUGUCCCACCAUGUUCAAUGGAUUUUUCUAAAGCUAUGAUUAAUGUUAAAUAUUUUUCAUUUUUUUUUUUUUUUUUUUGUAACGUUUUGCGUAAUCACGUUUUACAUUGACAACAAAAUAAUCAACAUUAUUAUCAAAUUUGAAAUAUUGAUUAGAUCGAAAAGGAAAAAAUAACUAAUUAUUACAGUUUAGAUUCGGAGUAUUGCAAGAAUUCCAUUGGUUUUAUGUGUAGUCUUAUUUUAUAUUUUUACGGCUUGUGUUUUCUAUCAGAAAUAUUAUUUCGAAAGAAAAAAUAAUAAAAGACUUUUUUAGUUGAAUUUUUUAUAUAGUUAGUGAGUAGAAAAGUCGUUUUUUGAUUUUUUAUAAUAAUUUAUAUAGUUUUCAUAAUAAUUGAGAAAAUCCAAAAAAAAAAAAAACCUAGAAAUAACUGGGCAAUUUACGAAAAUAAUACUUUUAUAUUGUAAUUGAAUUAAAAAUUUCCGUAGAGAUUUAAAAUGUUGAAAAAUCUUCUUUUUUUUUUUUUAGAUUUUGUAAAAACAAUUANAAUUAAAAAUUUCCGUAGAGAUUUAAAAUGUUAAAAAAUCUUUUUUUUUUUUUAGAUUUUGUAAAAACAAUUAAUUUCGUCAAAAAAAAAUUUAAUUGAGUUACAUGUAGCAUUUUUUUUUUUUAUAAGAAUUUUAAUAUAAAAUUUUGACGUAAAUAAAAAAUGUUAUUAUAAAAUUGAUUUUUCAAAACACGUACGACCAAAUUUCAAUUCGAAUCGGAUUUCGUUAGCAAUGGUUGCUUACAAAUAUAAAUUAAAUAACUUUAUAUACCUAUCCUACCUUCCCAACUUCCCACCUACCACACUGACAAACCCGUCUCCAAUAACAACUUUUUUUUUUUAACAAGUUAGAUAUUUGAAUAUAUUUUUAAGUAACACAUAUGUUAUUCAGAAAUGUAUUCUGAUUUUAAACCAACCGAUUUAGUUUAAAAUUAUUAACAGUAGCUUAUCGACUUGAUUUAAAUUUAAUAAUUUUUUAUUAAACUAUUCAGUUUUUUAUAACUGAAUAUAUCAAAACUUGCAGCAUAAUAUUCAAUCGAUUGCAAUGUCAUUGUUCAAUUGAUAAUAUUGAAUCGUGUUUUUCAGGUGAUGGAUCAUCUAAAAACUCAAUUAUAUUCGACCAACAGCAACGUAGAAAUGUGUAUGAAAGAAAUGAAUAGUAUUAAAGACCAAACGGAUUGCUGA